UGCUGACUCGUGACAUUGUUAGUUCGCUUAUGUUUAUUAGCAGAUAAGUAGACACAUAUAGAACAUUAAUAUAUAAGUCAGUUGCUUGAUUUUUCAUACUUAAUUUCUAGUAUAUUGGAUUCUAUUUUUAAACAUUAUUUCGUUUCUAUGAUGUUCGGUAUCAGAGAAAGUAUUAAAAAACAACUGGAAUCCAGCUAUCUAAUCGACAUGCUAGCAAAAGCAGUUUUACAUUUUAAUGAUACAGAUUUAAAAUGCAUUGCAUCUCUGUGUCGGCAAGAUUAUACGGCAUUGACUAUUAAAAUAAAUAUGUUGAAGAAGAAAAAAUCUUAUUUGGAUAAAAAAGAAAAGAUGGAAACAGCAGUAAAAGAUGUUUUUCAUAAAAUCGAUUAUUUAUCUGUUGCUGCAUUUAAGCAUGAACUUGACAUCGAAGAACUAGAAAAAGUAUAUCAUAAUUGGCUGAACUCAGAGGAUUCUGUUUCCUACGAAUAUGACGAAGAUAAGAACGAAAUUUUUACAUUUGUGGAGGAAUCUUUGUUAUUCAAACAAUUAUAUAGAUGGGAAAAAAAUUGUAAAUGCCCUUGUCAAGUUUGCGCAAUGGAACAACUACAAAGUAUUGCUUAUUGUAUUGCAAAGAAAAAAAAUAAAUGUCCUGAAACGUGGUUAAAAUGUGAAAAAGCGGAUUUAUCCUGGUUGUCUAACUUCAUAAUGGAAUACAUCGAAGAGAUUUUUAAAUUGAAUGGGCCUGAUGAAUGCAUAAUAGAUUCCCAAACAUCGAGCACAUUGCAAUCUUUCAUAUUCAAUCGAGAAAUUGAAGAAAUUUCGGAUCUAAUUAUUUUGUACCCUCAUGUGCAAAAUAAACCUUCGCAAUUAUCCAACGUUCAAGUAAUAUCCGAUAUCAGAGAAAAGAUUGUAAGACAUUUAGAAAUGAGUCCUUGGCUCAACAAAGCAGCGAAAGAAGUUUUAUAUGAAAACAAAAAUAUAACAGAUGUUGCACUAAAAUAUAAUCUUGAUUUUUGGAUUUUUAAACGAAAACUAGAGAUAAUAAAAGAGACCAAUAUUUAUGUAAAUGUAAAAAACAAGUAUGAAAAUGCAAUAUGUACAAUUGUAAAUCAAAAUGCAAGUCUAACUGAGAAUGCAAAAAUACAUUGCAUUAAUAAAAAACAUCUAGAAGCAGAGUUUAUGAAAUAUCUCCAGCUACGUAGAAAAACCAGAAAAUCAUACACAUAUGACCAAAUUAUAAACCCUAAUGGAAUUUUUACAGCUUCUCAGGAAAAAUCAUUAUUGCAAUUAUUAAAUAGUUGGAAGCGUUGUUUAUUUAAAUGCUCUUGUCAGGUUUGCACAAUGGAACACUUACUCAAGUUGACGUAUUCAUUUGCCAAAAUGAAUAAAAUCCUAUAUCCUUCCGAAUGGGAUAUAAACGAAGAAGCGGACGAAUUCUGGUUCUGCGAGUUCGAAAUGAGAUAUAGCAUAGAAAUCAAGACUCAAUUCGUGUUUGCUCAUUCCUGCACGAAAGAGCUUUCAGCAUCACAACUUUCGUUGUCAUUCAUUCGACCAAAAAUUUCGGAAAUAAAUACUUUGCACGUCCAAGUGCAAGAAGAUUUCGAACCGUUGCAAUCAUCCAACGCUGAUGUAACUAAAAAUGACAACGUGCAAAAAAGGAUUGCAACACAUUUAAAAUGGAGUAGUCAACUCGACAAAGCAGCUGAAAAAGUUUUAAAUGAAAACAAAUAUAUAGCAAGUGUUGCACGAGAUUAUAAACUUGAUCUUUGGCUUUUGAAUCGAAAAGUGUAUAUAUUAAAAUUUAAGAGAACACAAUUGGAUACGAAAAAUAAGAUUGAAUCGUCAUUAAAUGAUAUUAAAUAUAAUAAUAUAUCUACAUCCUGUGCAGCAAAGAAAUAUAACAUUGAUGAAGAAAUUAUAGAAGAAAACUGGGAACAGUGGAGAAAUUUAGAAAGCAAUAUUAUCACAUAUGAAGCAUUUACAAUGGACGAUGAAAUUUUUACAUUUUCACAGGAAUCUAUUUUACUGGAACAAUUACAACAGGAUACUAAAAACCUAAACUGUAAUUGUCAAAUUUGCGUAUUGGAAUAUCUACGUAGUAUGGCUUAUAGAUUUGCCACACAAACAAUUGACAAACGCUGUCCUGUUGAAUGGCAUGCAAUUGCAAAAGCGGACGAAUUGUGGAUAUAUGAAUUUGAAAUGAGACAUAACAUAGAGAUUUCUAAAUAUCGUCAAUGUGAUCAUUUGGAUCAUUUGGAACAACCUUCAUUAAAUUAACAGUAAAUUUCGAUAUCAAGUACUUCGAAUAGUCUGCAAAGAAAUCUUGAUCACAAAUUAAUCUACAGGAUAUAUAAUUAUUAUCAAUUGCUUAAACUUUUUAUAAUGUAUGAAUUCCCAUGAAUUUUUAAUGUCCCUGAU